GAGGUGAGGUGGGUGGGGGUGAGUAGCAUGAUGGACUUUUGGAUGUAGGGUCGAGUUGGCUACUAGCGCGGAAUCUCGCCAAGACUUUAUCGAUUACAUCCCUGCAGCUCUUCCUGGGAAAGCAUCUCGAACUUCAACACCAUCCCGCCCACCAGCUUAUAUCCGCAUUCUCUCCGCAAAUCGCUUCAAACAUUCGAGCUGUACUGUGGAGUUUUGCAAUACUAACGUCUAUUCUAGUAGUCGCCGAUCAGACGCCUGAAGCUUUUAAAGUCCAUUUUUGGCACGCGACGCCACCUCUCUGAGAGAACUCUCCUACACGUCCAUUAUCUUCAAGACCUUAUUCUAUAACAACAUCGCCAACCACAGCGAUCAAGCUUAAGCCGGCAUUUAUUCUCUGGGUACCUACCCCAAAUCACAAAUAUGAGCUCCGGUGGCUGCGAUCUGGACAAGGCCAUCCAACAAUUGCGCGCAUGUCGACCAAUUCCCGAGAACCAAGUCCGCGAACUAUGCCAUAAAGCGCGUGAGCUCCUUAUAGAAGAGGGUAAUGUUGUCGGUGUCGACGCGCCCGUAACGAUAUGCGGAGAUAUCCAUGGACAGUUCCAUGAUCUCAUGGAGCUCUUUCGUGUUGGUGGAGAUGUGCCGGAUACGAACUAUCUAUUCAUGGGCGACUUCGUCGAUCGAGGCUUCUACUCGCUUGAAUCAUUCCUGCUCCUCCUAUGUUUGAAAGUUCGAUAUCCUGAUAGGAUAACUCUCAUUCGUGGUAACCACGAAUCGCGUCAGAUCACCACGGUGUACGGCUUUUACGACGAGUGCUUGCGAAAGUAUGGGAGCGCCAAUGUUUGGAGAUACUGCUGCGAAGUAUUCGACUACCUUGCUUUGGGUGCACUCGUAUCCGGGGCUGCAACAUCUCUUGUUCCUACAGAUGGCCCAAUGGCAGAAAACACGAACCUGGAUAAUUUCCCUGAUUCCGAUGCAGACAUUGAGAUCGAAACGCUGAAUGCCAAUGGAGAAAUCAUGUACCGGUACGCCCGAAACUCGGACUCUCAAUCAUCACAGCCGAACUCCAACCCCGCUUCUUCAUCUCCCAUUGCACCUACACCUUCUCGUGUAGGCCCUGCAGGUACCGGCGCCACCAGUUCCGCGAACGGGUCUGUGAAGAACGACACUGGAGCAAUUCUUUGCGUUCACGGUGGAUUGUCGCCCUUGAUCGACACAAUCGACAAGAUCCGAUUGCUGGAUCGUAAACAAGAGGUGCCUCAUGAAGGUGCCAUGUGUGAUUUGCUAUGGUCUGACCCUGACGAAAUUGAGGGUUGGGGAUUAUCUCCCCGUGGCGCUGGCUUCCUGUUUGGUGCCGAUAUCGUCAAGUGUUUCAAUUACAAGAAUGACCUGAGCUUGAUUGCAAGAGCCCAUCAGCUCGUCAUGGAAGGCUUCAAGGAAAUGUUCGAAUCCACCAUUGUUACCGUUUGGUCUGCGCCAAAUUAUUGUUACCGAUGCGGCAACGUCGCUGCAAUCCUCGAGCUGGGAGAAGACGGCUCCAAUGCAGGUUACCAGCGACGAUCGAACGGGGAUCAAGGCGGUGGCGGUGGUGGAUGGAUUCUAGGAUCCAACGACGGGAGUUCCUCCAACAUGGUCGGCAAUGGGAACGAUCGGAGACUGAGUUCAGUUCUCGGAGACAAUAUGCAACGAACCAGAGAUGGACCAGGAAGAAGGUACCGCGUCUUCGAGGCUGCGCCACAAGAUUCACGUGGAAUGCCAGCCAAAAAGCCAGUUGCCGAUUACUUCUUGUAGAGAGGUCACUGUCGUAGAAGGUGUUUGACAAUAUAAUUAGGAUACCCAGGGGAAAUCGUUGCACGCGCGCAACGGCGGCGUUGCUCAGGCGCUCUUUGUCUCAGUUUAGACUACGAAAUUAAGGAAAUGAAUCAGUCAUGAAUUAAGCACAACUGAUGAGGGAAGAUGACAGCACAUCUUGCUAA